AUGUCUUCCGAUCCAGGUUCCUUCAAGGACUGCCGCUUCUACGAAGAGAAGUACCCCGAAAUUGAGUCUUUUGUUAUGGUCAAUGUCAAAUCCAUUGAAGAGAUGGGCGCAUAUGUAAAAUUACUCGAGUACGACAACAUCGAUGGCAUGAUCCUCCUUUCAGAACUCUCCCGAAGACGUAUCAGAUCGAUACAAAAACUCAUCCGAAUAGGUCGCAACGAAGUUGUGGUCGUACUAAGAGUGGACAAGGAAAAGGGCUACAUUGACCUGUCGAAACGAAGAGUAUCAGCAGAAGACAUUAUCCGGUGCGAAGAAAGAUACAACAAAGGAAAAUCUGUUCACUCGAUUAUGCGACAUGUGGCAGAGAAGACAAAGACCCCGAUUGUUCAACUCUAUGAGCAGAUUGGCUGGCCGCUCAACAAGAAGUAUGGUCAUGCCAACGACGCCUUUAAGCUGUCGAUCACGAACCCAGAAGUGUGGAACGAAGUGGAGUUCCCAAACGAUGUUGUGAAGGACGAAUUCGUAUCGUAUAUCAGCAAGAAGUUGACUCCCCACCCUACAAAAGUUCGAGCCGAUGUCGAGGUCACUUGCUUCAGGUAUGAUGGGAUCGAUGCGGUCAAGGAUGCUUUAAGGAAAGCAGAACAGAACAAUACGCCGGACACGCAAGUCAAGGUCAAACUCGUUUCACCACCACACUAUGUAUUGACCAGCCAGUGCUUGAACAAGGCGGAAGGAAUAAGACUACUCGAACAGGCCAUCAAAGAUAUCGAUGCCACAAUCAAGAGUGUCGGUGGUGGAUGUGUUAUAAAGAUGGCACCAAAGGCUGUGACUGAACAUGACGAUGCUGAAUUGCAAGCACUCAUGGACAAGAGAGCCAAGGAGAACGAGGAGGUGUCUGGCGAUGAAGAUCUUUCUGAGUCGGACGAGGCACCAGAGAUUGCAUGA